UCGUGAUGCAGACUAUAUUGGGUAGCCAGCUCGCCAACUUCUCGAUUGCGUGUGAGCCAUUGCCGUAACCAUGGUCUCAGUGGCCAAUGAUCUGCAGACAUGGCUUCCCAUGUUUUCCAAUGCUAAGGAUGUGCACUCCGUGGAAGGUCUUCCCUUAAUGCGGGCCCAUCAAACAUUUUGCAGACAAGCGUUCAUCCAGCAGAAGUGUGAAACCAAUUCUAAACCAGCAAGCAGUGUGUUGAGAGAGAGAGAAGAGAGAGAGAGAGAGAGAGAUGGUGUUUAACAGACGGCUACUUGGUGUUCCAACGCUGAGGCUUGAUAAAAAUUGAAUAUCUACGACCCAUUCAGGUUCUGUGGGCAUCCAUUUGGCUGUCUGCUCAGAAGUGGUGAUAGCAGACCUGCAGAGAAUGACCAGGCUUGGCUGUCGACUGUAUAACGGAGAUUGGCAGACAAGUUAUCAAAACAAUUUGUGCCUCAUGUGAUGCGGCUGGAAAGCCUUGGGGAGCAUCGGAUACAUGCAGCGCAGACAACAAACAACGUGUAUUCAAUUUGUAAAUCAAGCGCUGGUGGUGAUAUUCUGCGGUGGAGACUGGUUGAAGAGUUUUCCGGAGCGGCAUGUAUUAUCACAGCAGGGAAAAUGAGUGCUCAUCUGAUCCAACUGGAAAGCCUUGGGGAACACCAGAUACAUCCAGCGAGGACAACAAUGUGUAUUGUACAUCAAGGGCCGGUGCUUUGUGGAGCCUCUCCAUGAUGACCUCAGGGGCGAGUGAGCUGAGUCGUUAUUACUUGUUUAAUCCAAACAGUUUCCUCCUCCUGUGCGGAACCGCAGCUGCUGGCUGUUUCUCGCAGCGCUCCUGUAAGUAUGGUCACGCACUCUGUCACGAUUCAGAAGCUAUUUCAUCAUUUUGCCUUUGGAUUGCACAGCUGGAGAAUGUGGAUGCCACUCACCCAUUGAAGGAAAAUACAGAUGUAUUGUCAUGGAAACAAAGUAUUAACUGGUCACUAGGCAUGUACAAUGGUAAUGUCUGUAAACAGUGUGAAGAUGUGCAUACACACCGAUGUAUUAUAUGACUCAGUGAGCGCUUAUCUCUUUGGUUGGGCAGGAGAAACAACCAAGUAAGUGAUCAUGAUGACCGCAGAGGCACCUGGAGCACCUCUGUGUGAACUGAACAGGUUAAUUGGCAUGGUGGGGUGUGCAAGCCUAUGUUCGGGUGUGGUAGCUUGGGGAGAUAAAGGGGGAAAGGGGAGAACGAAGUGGGCGGGCGUGGGAGCGUCGGGGCUUUAGAUCUUUCGUGAUGAUGCUUGUCAUUACCUUAUGAUAAUCAUCUGCCAGAGGAGUAGUCAUGAUCUGGACCAAUACAUGCAGGGCCGGGGGACUGGCAGCAUGUGAAUUUCCUGUUCUCACCACCACAGUCACAUCACGACGUGUUCCCAAUUUGUCAAACCUUGCCUACUGCUUGCUGUCAUGAGGGGGGCUAAGAUGUUCAUGAUAGGUGAGUCACACAUCAGAGGAGGUCAGUUGAUCGGAGCGAGUGGUGAGUCACACAUCAGAGGAGGUCGGUUGAUCGGAGCGAGUGGUGUUUGCCCUUGCAGUGAAUAUAGAUGUCCGGCGAUGUGCUCAGGAUGCGGGCUCGGGGUGUUCGUGUCGUAUGAUUUUAUGUUGCUGUGGCAUGGCAGCAAGCACUGCAAUGGGUAGGUUUAUUCUUUGUCGAAUGGGCAAUUGAAGGCACAAGGGAACUCAUGCUCCUUGUAGAAAGGCUCGUAUCGAUAGCAUAUAGCAGCUCGGUUAGGAAUUGAUUGGAUAUGAUGAUUUCUUUUGUGAAAAUCUCAUCCGAAGAACUACUGCUACUUCAGAUUGCAUGCAACGAUUUCGACGAUGACGAGGGUUGGUUUCGUAUCACUAAGAUCUUGUACCAACAUGUAUGAAGCUUAACCUUUUAAGGUCAGGUCAGCGCAUAAAAACGUUGAUCACUAUGUCUCUUGGUCGAAAAGUACAGUUAACCGUUUCCUGCACUAUGUAAUCAGAAUG